AUUUUGAUGGCAUAAAUCAUAGAUAAUUCAGAUGCAAUUGAACCAAUCUUCAAGAAAUUAUAAGAAACCUUUAGGACUCAUAAAACAAAAGAUGUGAAUUUUAGAAAAGCUCAAUUAAGAAAUCUAUUAAAAGGUUUAGAAGAGAUGGAAUAAGAGUUACAUUAAGCUUUGUAAGAGGAUUUAGGAGUAACACUAUUCAGUAGUUAAAUGACAUCAACAAUUAUUACUAAGACAGAUGUAGAGAAUCAAUUAGCUCAUAUUGAUAAAUGGAGUAAGGAAGAGAGUGUAGAUACCCCAUUUGUAAAACUCUAAUUAUUUAUUAUAGGUUAUAGGACCAGGAACAUCAAAAAUCAUUUAUGAACCAUUAGGAGUUGUAUUGGUAAUAGCUGCAUGGAAUUACCCACUUUAUACAGGAAUACCUCCUAUGGCUGCAGCAAUUGCUGCUGGAAAUUGUGUUAUUCUUAAACCUUCAGAAUUAGCUCCACAUUCUUCUUAAGUUAUGUACAAAUUAGUUGAUAAAUAUCUUGAUAAAUCAUGUUAUGCUGUGAUAUAGGGAGGUGUGGAAGUAUCAAAAAAGAUAACAACAUUUGCAUUUGAUUUAAUAAUAUUUACAGGAAGUCCAGAGAAAGGGAAAUUAGUUGCAAGAGCUGCUAGUGAAAAUUUAGUACCAUGUAUUUUAGAAUUAGGUGGAAAAUCUCCAACAAUAGUUGAUAAAGAUUGUAGUUUAAAUGUUACAGCUUAAAGAAUAAUUUAAGGUAGAUUUACAAAUGCAGGUUAAACUUGUGUUGCAUGUGAUUAUGUUUUUGUUCAUGAAUCAAUUAAAGAUGCUUUCAUCAAUGAAAUGAAAAUUGAAAUUAAAAAAUUCUUUGGAGAAAAUCCAUAAAAUUCACCAGAUUAUUCUAGAAUUGUUACUACUUUCCAUACAUAAAGAUUAGAAAAACUCCUAUAAAAUCAUGAUGGAUAAAUUGUUUUAGGAGGAUAAGUUAAGGUCAAUGAAAAAUAUGUAGAACCCACUAUAAUAUUGGAACCAAAUUAAAAUUCUUAAAUUAUGACUGAAGAAAUAUUUGGUCCCAUUCUCCCUGUAUUCACAUUUAAUGAUAUUGGAAAAGUUAUUACUUUUAUCAAUUCAAGACCAAAACCUUUAGCUUUAUAUUAUUAUGGUAACAAUUCUAAAAAUAAAAAAUUACUUGAAUAACAAACUUCUUCAGGUGCUAUUGUUCAUAAUGAUUCAGUAUUUCAUUUAUUAAGUAAAUUAAUAUAUUAUCUAAUUCUAGAUCCAAAUUUACCAUUUGGAGGUGUAGGAAAUAGUGGUUAUGGAGCUUAUCAUGGAAUUGCUGGAUUUAAAGGUUGUAGUCAUGCUAAACCAGUAUUUAAUAAAUCUACAUUGAAUAUCUAUCCAUUUAAUAUUAGAUAUCCUCCAUUUACUAAGCAUAAGUUACAAACUUUAUCUUUAUUGUAUAUCAAAUCCAUCUUAUUAUAAAUAGUUUCAAAUUUGCUGAAUUACCUUAAAGACAUGUAGUCAAUGCAACACUUUUUAUUUCCUUUCUUGUCGCCAUGAAAAUAGCCUCCAAGAAAGGCUAUCUAAAGAGGUUCUUAGAAAUAUCUAAGCCAUAUGUUGAUAAAUUGUGGAACUCUGCAAAUUUAUGAAUAAAUCAAAUAAUUUAUAAAAAA